GUUUCCUGACAUGGGGCCAACAGGAUGCUGUGGAACCCACUGUCCUGUGCAGGUUUACUGCAAGUCUGCAAUCCCGUUGGGACUUGGGAGGCCAAAAGCAGGCUGACUGGUAGGGAAGCGGCGCAAGCAGUUCAGGGCAGCGGGACAGACGGACGGGAAGGGGCGACGGCCGUUUACUCGUGGAACUUGCUUGCUCUCCUCCCCGCCGCCGGCCCCGGCCACCUACGCAGCCGCUCGAUGGCCGAGUCGGCCGGAAAGCGGCCUCCGGCAUCACCGCCGGCCUCCGCUGGUAUGGCGACGAAGCUCUCCAUAAUUCUGCUUGUGACCCUGUCGGCUCUGUUCUACCAGCAGUUUCAGCCUCCACCUCCGAAAAUCUGUGGCUCGCUGAAUGGCCCCCCAGUUACAGCACCACGAACAAAGCUCAAAGACGGUAGGCAUCUGGCAUACCUAGAAUCCGGCGUCCAAAAGAUGAAGGCCAAGUACAAGGUCAUCUUUGUUCAUGGGUUCUACUCCUGCCGAUACGACGCGCUUCCGAUUUCCCCGGAGGUGGCACAAGAGCUGGGCAUCUACCUCCUGUCCUUUGACCGGCCUGGAUACGCUGAGAGUGACCCAGACCCUGCUCCGAGUGAGAAGAGCAUUGCCCUCGACAUUGAGGAGCUUGCCGACAACCUGAAGCUUGGUCAUAAGUUUCACCUCAUUGGCUUCUCCAUGGGCGGCGAGAUCAUGUGGAGCUGCCUCAAGUACAUCCCACACAGGCUCUCCGGUGUGGCCAUUCUCGGGCCGGUGGGCAACUACUGGUGGUCCGGCUUGCCGUCGAACGUGUGGCGGGACGCCUGGUACCAGCAGCCACCGCAGGACCAGUGGGCGGUCUGGGUCGCCCAUCAUCUGCCGUGGCUGACCUACUGGUGGAACACCCAGAAGCUUUUCCCUCCCUCCAGCGUCAUCGCACGCAGCCCUUUACUCUUGUCUGAAGAAGACGUGAUGGUCAGGAAGAAGCUUGGCCUGCGAACGUAUACCCCGACGAUAAGGCAGCAAGGGGAUUACAAUAGCCUGCAUCGUGACAUGAUGGUCGGAUUCGGGAAGUGGGACUGGAGCCCGCUGGACCUGGAGGACCCCUUCGCCGGCGGCAAAGGGAAGGUGCACCUGUGGCACGGUGCCGAGGAUCGUAUUGUGCCAGUCGGUUUGUCGAGGUACAUCAGCCAGAGGCUCCCGUGGAUCAUCUACCACGAGCUUCCCAAGUCCGGCCACCUCUUCCCUCUCGACAGCGAGAAGGCGGACGCCAUCGUCAAGUCUCUGCUACUCGGAGAUCAGUGACAUUGAACUCUCCAUCUCUACAUAUGUUUUUUUGUUAAAGAUCUUGUAAUCGUGGCACAGCUCCUGCACCGUGUAGUUAGCUAGCUGCUCGCAGGCAACAAAUAGUAUGGGUUCUUUCAGUUUGGACCACAAGAACCUCGUAUAGAUCGCGCAGGAAAUGGCGUGGAAUAAAUCAUGGGAAGCGCUGAGCGUCCCCCGGGGGAUCAAAUCCCCGAUCCCCCGGGUCCCCAACCGUACGAUGCGGUGCUAAUUAGAUCUGGUCAGCGCUCCUUGGGUGGAAAAAAAAAAACCAACCGAUAAAAUUUCCCUCCUCCC